AUUCAAAUCCCCAAAGGCUCCACUUCCCGCUCCUUGCUUUCUUCUCCCUCUCUCGGAGCUGCGCGUGCGCUUCUCCGUUCUCUUGAUCGAACGAAAUGGAAGAGGAAGUCGGCGAAACGGAGGUUGAAUCACAGGUAUAUAUGGCAUGCCUCAUGCAAGGUCAUCGUGUAGGUAUAGCAUACUACGACUCAAGUGUUCGACAACUUUUUGUCACAGAAGUUUGGGAGGAUGGAAAUGGGGAGUUUCCUCUAAUUGAUCUUGUGAAGUACCAAGCAAAACCUGUGGUUAUAUAUGCUAGCACUAAGACUGAGGAAGCACUGUUGUCUGCUUUACAACGAAAUGAUGAAAGUGAAGCCAGUGUAGUGAAGCUUAUACGAAGUUCAGUAUUCAGCUAUGAACAAGCUUGGCACAGACUGAUAUAUCUAAGAGUUGCAGGGAUGGAUGAUGGGCUGAGUGUCAAAGAGAGAAUUUGCUUUCUUAAUUCCAUGAUGGAUCUUGGAAGUGAUCUCCAGGUUCGUGCUGCUGGAGGUCUUCUUGCUAUACUAGAGAAUGAGAGGCUUGUAGAUACCUUUGAACAAAAGGAAUAUGGCAACUCAUCGAUAACAAUAGAUUGCGUGACUCAAAUCCCAUUAGACAAGUUUCUUAAACUCGAUGCUGCUGCUUAUGAGGCGCUGCAGAUAUUUCAAGUUGACAAACAUCCAAGUCAUAUGGGAAUUGGGCGAGCAAAGGAAGGGUUCUCAGUUUUUGGAAUGUUUAAUCAGUGUGUCACACCAAUGGGAAGGCGCCUUUUGAGGAUGUGGUUCUUGCGGCCAAUACUUGAUCCUGACAUUUUAAAUAGUCGCCUAAACACAAUAUCAUUCUUUCUUUGCUGUGAAGAAGUUAUGUCAGCCUUACGUGAAACAUUAAAGUCUGUAAGAGAUGUUCCCCACUUGCUCAAGAAAUUCAACUCUCCAAGCUCCUUGUGCACAAGCAAUGAUUGGAAUGCGUUUUUGGAGUGCAUUUGUUCCCUUUUGCACAUAAACAAAAUCUUUCAAGUGGGAAUAUCUGAGUAUCUUCAGGAGAGACUUGAAUAUUUGAAUCUCGGGUUAGUUGACAAGGCAAAUUCAUGCAUUGCAAUGGAGCUGGUUUAUGUCUUUGAUCUGGUGAUCGGUGUGAUUGAUGUUCAGCGAAGUAAGGAGAAAGCAUAUGAGACGCUAGUGAAAGAAGGGAUCUGUGAUGAGCUGGACGAGCUGAGAAUGAUAUAUGAGGGGUUGCCAGAUUUUCUAGCGCAGGUUUCGUCUUUCGAAAAUGCUUCCCUUCCAUUCUUGCAUGGGAGUAAAAAGGUUCCAUGUAUUGUUUAUAUACAUCAAAUAGGUUAUUUGAUGUGCAUUUUCGAUGAGAAACUUGAUGAAGACAUAUUGGAGGAACAUCAAGAUUUUGAAUUUGCGUUUUCAGAAGAUGGGAAUGAGAAAAAAUACUUUUAUCAUACUUCAAAGACAAGAGAGUUGGACAACCUUCUUGGAGAUAUUUAUCAUAAAAUUCUUGACAUGGAGAGAGCAAUUAUUAGAGACUUGGUGUCUCGUAUAAUUCAUUUUGUACCUCAGUUAAUCAAAGCAGUGAAUUUUGCAGCAGAACUGGAUUGCUUUUUGUCACUAGCACUGGUUGCUCGACAGAACAAUUAUGUGCAGCCCAUCUUGACUGAGGACACAUUGUUAGAAAUACAAAAUGGCAGACAUGUUUUGCAGGAAAUGACUAUUGACACUUUUGUUCCAAAUGAUACAAAAAUUCUUAAUACCGGGAGAAUAAAUAUCAUAACUGGUCCUAACUACUCAGGGAAAAGCAUUUACAUUAAGCAGGUGGCUUUGAUAGUUUUUCUUUCUCAUGUUGGAAGUUUUGUACCGGCGGAUGCUGCCGUCAUUGGAAUGACUGAUAGGAUAUUUUGUGCUAUGGGAAGCAAACCCAUGACAACCGGACAAUCAACUUUUAUGAUUGACCUUCAUCAAGUGGGGAUGAUGCUUAGGCAAGCAACAUCUCGGUCCUUGUGUUUGUUGGAUGAAUUUGGUAAGGGUACGCUAACAAAAGAUGGCAUUGGUCUGCUUGGAGGAGCCAUAAAUCAUUUUGCAAAUUAUGAUUGUCCUCCAAAGGUUCUGUUAAGUACACACUUGAUGGAGAUACUUAACAAGAGUUGUUUACCCCAGUCUGAAAAUAUCAAGUUUUACACCAUGAGCGUGUUGAGACCUGACAGCAAUUUAUCAAGCAACGAAGACAUUGUUUUUCUAUAUAGGCUCGUGCCUGGUCAUGCACUUCUGAGCUAUGGUUUACAUUGUGCGCGGCUUGCUGGAGUGCCAAAUGAGGUUGUUGAAAGAGCAGCGUUUGUUUUGGAGUCAUUCAAAUCUAAGAAGCCCAUUGAUCGCUUGCUCAGCCAGAAAUUAUUGGCUAAAGACCAGCAAUACAAGGAUGUGGUGGCGAAACUAUUGGCUUUUGAUGCUUUCAGAGGUGAUCUCUACGUGUUCUUCCAAGACAUCUUCUCAGAAUCCUUGUCUUGAAUUGAAACAUCUGUUGUUAAUGACAGAAGGAAAAAUUCAAAAACUAAUUCUGUGUACUUUAAGCAACUGUUUGGAAGACAAUUUAUGA